AUGGCCGAUCCCUUCUUGACCACACCUUCGGCAGAUUCACAGAGCCCCGGCCAAUCCCUCUCUCUCGACACCUUUGAGAAGAACUCCCGAGACAUCAUUCGCGACGCUCGUGAGCUUGGAGUCGGUGAGCGCCAGCUCAACUUCAUCCGCGUCCAGCAAGAGCAACUUCGUGCCUUGUUUUUGGAGGCUACCAAGGCAGCCGCCGCAUCCGCCGCUACUAUCCAAGGCUACCAGAAUCACCAGGACUUCGCUCGGCACUACAGUAUCGAGUUGAAGUUGGCAGUCGAGCAGUGUGGCUUCAUUGCCGAAGACCAUCGCGGCUACAAGGCAGAGCUGGAGGACUUGAAGAAGAAGCUUGUCCAGGUCAGCAAGGAGCUGAAUGAUACCAAGAGAACACAGUGUGUCAUGAAGAAGGAUUAUGAGGCCAUGAAGAGCAAGCAGGAGACUUCGGAGCGCGAGAACGAGGCCCUCAAGCGCGACAUGAAGGAGCUUCAGCAGCUGUUUCGAGUCCACGUUCUCUAG